AGCUGGGACGUGGGGCAUGAUGGGAAACAGAGUCCACCCUUCCUGGGCCCUGUGGGUCACGUAGUCGGCGUCGCGGGACAUCAUGGGAUCAGGGGCUCCCGUCGCGGUGCAUUGUGAGACAUGGACAUGGUCUUUUGCGGAGCAUGCUGGGUAGCGGAGUUCUUUCCCCCCGGGGCGCAGGGCAUUGUGGGAAAUGGACCCCCUCCCCCACCGUCUCCCGAGGGGUUGACGGGAAAUGGAGUCCGGCCGCGAUGCAUGGUGGGAAACGCGUCCCUGCCGCGGGGGACCCCGGGAAGUGAAGCUCUGCUCGUGAGGAAAACGGCAGAGUCCCUUCCGCCGCGGAGGGUGACGGGGAAUGGAGUCCAGCCCCGCCCUCGGGGCCUGGCGGACUCCUUCGGCGCGAGGCACGAUGGGAAAUGGAGUCUUUCCCACCACAUUGGCUGAAGGCGGAUUCCUGUCGCAGGGCAUGAUGGGAAUCACUGGGUUCGGGACAGGGAGGGUCCUGACGUCACCCCAGGAGGCGAGGCGCGGGCGGGAAGGGGGUGGAGCCUGCGCUGGCCCCGCCCCCUGUUGGCUUCCGCCUGGUCCCCGCGGCGGCGGCACCAGCUCAGCGGGUCCCUGGGAUGGAGAACGAGGAGGGGGCGGCUGUGCCCCCCAGCCCGGCCCAGCGCUCCCAGCGCAGCAGCGUCUCCUCCACCGGCGCCCGAGUGCUGGACGUGGUGGUGUAUCUGGUGGACGACACGCCGGUGCCGCUGGCGGUGGAGAACCUGCCCUCAGUCAGCGCCCACGAGCUGCACCGCGGCCUGCGUGACGCCCUGCAGCUUCCUGACGUCGCUGCCGACGCCUUUGCCCUCUGGCUCAUCUCUCCACUGCUGGAGGUGCAGCUGAAGCCGCGGCACCAGCCCUACAAGCUUUGCCGGCAGUGGCCGGAGCUGCUCUUCCGCUUCACGGACUGCUCUGAGGAGGAGAUCGCGCAAGACGAGCCAGCCCUGCAGUUCCGCCGUAACGUGUUCUUCCCCAAGCACCGGGAGCUGCAGGUGGAGAGCCCAGAGGUACUGCGGCUGCUGUAUGAGGAGGCCAAGCUGAACGUGCUGGAGGGGCGCUACCCCUGCGACCCCGAGGACGGCGAGCAGCUCGGUGCCCUGGCCUGCCGCCUCACCUUGGGGCCCUACGACCCCGACCGCCACACGCCCGGCGCCCUCAAGACGAGCCUGGGGGAGUUCCUGCCACCCCCCCGGGGCCACCGGGGCGGGGGGCUGCUGGGAGUGCUACGUAAGCGGGGCAGCACCCGGGCCCCAGCCCCCGAGCUGGGCCUGCUCGAGGCCUUCCGGGCCCUGCGGGACGAGGCCGCCAGCCCCGAGCCCGAGGCACAGAGCCGGCUCCACCACACCUACUUGCAGCACUGCCACCGCCUGCCCUACUACGGCUGUGCCUUCUUCCCCGGGGAGAUCGACCGACCAGCCCAGGGCUUCCUGCACCGCGGGGGGCGCAAGCCCGUGUCCGUCGCCAUCAGCCUGGAGGGUGUCUACAUCGUAGACAGCAAGGAGAAGGAUCAGGCCUGGUACCCUGGGGUAGGACCUGGAUUGGGGCUCACGUGUCCAUGUGCGCGGUGGCAGCACGUGCUGCUGGGGCUGCGCUUCCAGGAGCUGUCGUGGGACCACACGUUCCCCGAGGAGGCGGCGGGCGGCAACGGUGACCACGUGCUGUGGCUCGAGUUCGAUGGCCAGGGCGAGGACGGCUCCCCUGUCAACAAGCUACUUAAGAUCUACUCCAAGCAGGCAGAGCUGAUGAGUGGCCUGAUCGAGUACUGCAUUGAGCUGAGUGCGGGGGCGGAGGUGACACCCCCGGAGCCUCCCACUGGAGCAGUCCCCAGCGACCACCCGCGCCCCCGGCUGCAGCGCCAGGACAGCGUGGUGUGCAGCCGGCUCCAGCAGCUGGCCACCAUCGACUACGUGGAGGAUGGCCAGGAGAUCCGACGGGUGAAGCCGCGGCGGACAGCAUCCUUCUUCACGCGGCAGCUCUCACAUGGCCCCACCACCUACGUGCCUGUGCGGCCUGCGGAGGCUUGAGCCUGGAGCCAUGGAGCCGCCCCAGGACCCCUGGUUUGCUGCCCCCCCACGCCCAUGCCUCUAAGUUAUUCUGCAUUAAUUUAUACCCCACCUGCUACCUCUGGCCUUUCUCAGACCCUCUUCUUUAGCUGGGGCUAGACCCCGCAUCUCUCCUGGACCAUGGCACAGAGGGGGCAUCCAGCACUGCCUCCUGCCCUACCUCUCAGAGAGACCCCAGGCAUCCGGGAUCCCAGCCCCCCUGCUUCCACUCCCCGGCUCCCAUUCCCGUCGUACAGCUAGAAAGAACCCAGGUAUCCGGGCUCUGAGCCCCCGUGAUCUCAACCCCUAGCUCCCAGCCCCCCUGCUUCCACUCCCCAGCCCACACUCCCUUCCCACAGCUGGACAGAGCCCCCGAUCUCUCACUGCCCUCCCCCCAGCCGCCAGACCCAUCCCAGAGCUGGAGAGACCGCAGGUGUCCGGGCUCCCAGCCCGUCCUGCUCUCACCUCACUCACUGAUCCUUUUGAUCCUGAGUGAUCAUGAACACUUCCCUGCACUGC